UUUUACAUUUAGAAUGUACUUUUCUAGCGGCAGUACUUGCCAAGAUUUCCGCACUGACCAUAGGGGUAAGCCGCCCUGUGUGGGGAGGGGUGAGCCGCCCUGUAUGCUCGAUUCCACCUACCUACCGUUAUCGUUAUCAGACAGGUGCCCCAGCUGCAGAGCCGCAGUCGUAACAGUGAGGCAUAGAGUAGGUACCUAGGUACCUAAAGAGCAUCAUCGUAGCCCUAUCAGGAAACAGUCCAGCGUCGUCAUCAAUCAACGACAACACGGCUGCAUAUCGCAUCACACGCCGCUAGCUAGCAACAACGACUUGCCUUUCUACCGUACCGACACAGAGAAUAGCAAGCUGUAGAUACCGGAAAGAAAAUGGCCGCCCCAUCAGACAAACCCGCCGACAACUCCGCCGCCACGAGCGACGCGAAGCUCGAGCAAGCGACAACACAGAAGUCGACAGCUGCUCUCGAAGAGGACGACGAGUUUGAGGACUUCCCCGUCGAAGACUGGCCAGCCGAAGAGACCGAAUCAGCCGCACAGACGACCAGCGGCAACGGCACGACGCAGCACCUAUGGGAAGAGAGCUGGGACGACGACGACACGAGCGAUGACUUCUCAGCACAGCUUCGCGAAGAACUAAAGAAAGUCGAGGCAUCAAAAAGGAGAUGAACAAAUCGCCCACGCCUACCCACAUACCUACCCACACAAUAAACCAACCCACGAAAACACGGUUUCUUUCUCACGCGGCAAGACCAUGAUAGAUACGGGAGGACGAAGAAGAAGAAGAGGGCAAAACUGCACCCUAUCCUGGAGAAAGCAGCAUUUGCGCUCUUCCUUCCAUGACGGACGAGCCGGGCCAAGCUGUAAACAAGGAAAGAAGACAUCGUACCUAGUUAGAACACCAUCCGCAAUGAGAAAGGCUCGGGAAGUCCAGAAUGCGGCGCUCGAGAUUUGGCCCUCCCCAACCCCCCCAAAAAUGAAAUAGUAAACACCAGACAGUUGUUCCGCGGGGUAUAGACUGUAGAGACUCUGAGUUAUUCUAUUCCGUUCUUUGCUCUUUUCUGAUGAUGAUGUUCGACAUUCAAGUAGUUUGAUGCAGAAAUGAUCUCCUCCAUACAUAAAGCUACGAGGACCAGGGACGGGGAAUGGUCUUGUGGUAGAGUAAGGUGGGUAGAUAAAUGUAAGAGGCCAACAUGCAAUGUAUGUAGGUAGGUAUACACAACUCCAACUUCCCAAUAUCGUAGAUACACCU